AUGACCACCAUGGAUUUACGUGUCGGAAACAAGUACCGUAUCGGCCGCAAGAUCGGAAGCGGUUCGUUCGGUGAUAUCUACCUCGGUACCAACAUAAUCUCGGGCGAGGAAAUUGCCAUCAAGCUCGAGAGCGUCAAGGCCAAACACCCCCAAUUGGAAUAUGAAGCUCGUGUCUACAAGUCGCUUGCCGGUGGUGUCGGUAUCCCAUUUGUGCGUUGGUUCGGUACUGAGUGUGACUACAAUGCCAUGGUCAUCGACCUGCUCGGUCCUAGUUUGGAGGAUCUCUUCAACUUCUGCAACCGCAAGUUCACUCUGAAGACCGUUCUUCUGCUGGCCGACCAGCUCAUCUCCCGGAUCGAAUAUAUCCACGCCAAAUCCUUUAUCCACCGUGAUAUCAAACCUGACAACUUCCUGAUGGGUAUCGGCAAGCGUGGUAACCAGGUCAAUGUCAUCGAUUUUGGUCUCGCUAAGAAAUACCGUGACCCCAAGACGCACUUCCACAUCCCUUACCGUGAGAACAAGAACCUCACCGGAACCGCGCGUUAUGCCAGUAUCAACACCCACUUAGGUGUCGAGCAGUCCCGCCGUGAUGAUAUGGAAUCCCUUGGCUAUGUCAUGCUUUACUUCUGCCGUGGUUCCCUUCCCUGGCAGGGUCUCAAGGCCGCUACUAAGAAGCAGAAGUACGACCGUAUCAUGGAGAAGAAGAUGACCACCCCCACCGAGGUCCUUUGCCGUGGUUUCCCCAACGAGUUCGCCAUCUACCUGAACUACACCCGUUCCCUCCGUUUCGACGACAAGCCCGACUACUCCUACCUGCGGAAGAUUUUCCGAGACCUGUUCGUCCGCGAGUCCUUCCAGUACGACUAUGUUUUCGACUGGACCGUCUAUAAGUACCAGAAGAACGCCGCCAUGAUUGUUGACGCCAACAAGAAGGAUGAGGAGCAGCGCCGCCAGGGCGUCAGUGGUACCCCCAUGGGUCCGGCCGUUAAGCAGCCUGGUGGCAUCACCAGCCAGCGCCGCAAGGUUGCCGAACACACCCCCGAGACUAGCCGUGCUGUGGGUGGAAGUGACCGGAUGUGA